GUAGUGUCGGAAUAUCCGGUGACGUCAUUGCGUCUCAAUAUCCAUAAUGAAUCUGCAGCUGACUGGAGAGCAACAAUAACAAGAGAAGCUCCGCGAUAAAAACGAGUUAUUGUCUCGUCUCUAACACCUUUGCCAGCAUUCUGUCACCAACGCCCUUGGCGAAUUAACUCUGGCCUCCGCUUCCUCCGACUCGGAAACCGGCGGAGUGUCGCCGCCACCGCGGAAGAAAUACCGAGCUUCGGUGGUGGAGGGAGCAGGGGAGCUUGGGGCUGCAAUUGGGUCAGCGGCCCUGUCUACAGUUGUGGGGAUUUUAACUUUUCCCAAUUCACCCGUUGCUCCUGUCAUUCGAUUAAAUCCACACAGUGUAGCCCACAUCUACAUUAAUAACAUGCAGGCCAACGGGGCAGGACAGGGUCAAGAUUCGGAGCUGUCCUGCCUAAACAACAGUGCGCAAAACGGAGAGCCGUCCUCCGCCGGGGGAGCUCACACUAACGUUAAUGGACUAUCCACAACAAACAAUGGGAACUCUGUCAGUAACAACGUCGGUAUCCCAGCCCCAGCAGCAUCCAACAACGCCGUGUCUUCGGAAGCAAACUACGUGAAAAAGAAGAAGCGUCUCUCUCAGUCAGAGGAAGAUGUCAUUAGACUUAUAGGGCAACAUUUACACGAUUUAGGACUUAAUCAGACAGUGGACCUGUUGAUGCAGGAGUCUGGCUGCAGACUGGAGCAUUCCUCUGCCACGAAGUUCUGCAACCAUGUGGUGGAAGGAGAGUGGGACAAGGCUGAAAGUGACCUGAGUGAGCUGAAAGCAUUGAUGCAUUCUCCAAGUGCUAUUGUGCGGAUGAAGUUCCUGCUCCUGCAGCAGAAGUAUCUGGAGUAUCUGGAGGAUGCCAAGGUCCUGGAGGCGCUGCAGGUCCUGAGAGCUGAGCUCACUCCCCUCAAGUACAACACAGAGCGUAUCCACAUCCUGAGCGGGUACCUGAUGUGCAGCCAUGCAGAGGACCUGAGAGCAAAGGCAGAGUGGGAGGGUAAAGGCACUGCCUCCCGCACUAAACUCCUGGACAAGUUACAGACGUACCUGCCUCCCUCUGUGAUGCUGCCUCCGCGCCGGCUGCAGACCCUGCUGAGGCAGGCUGUGGAGCUGCAGAGAGAGCGCUGCCUCUACCACAACACCAAGCUGGACAGUGGCCUGGACUCUGUGUCCCUCCUCCUGGACCACGCCUGCAGCCGGAAACAGUUCCCUUGUUACACCCAGCAGAUCCUCACCGAACACUGCAAUGAAGUGUGGUUCUGCAAGUUCUCCAAUGACGGCACCAAACUCGCCACGGGAUCCAAAGACACCACAGUCAUCGUGUGGCAUGUCAACACAGAGAGUCACCAGUUGAAACUGAUGAAGACUCUUGAGGGCCACGCCUACGGUGUCUCAUACCUGGCCUGGAGCCCUGAUGACACUUACUUGAUUGCCUGUGGCCCCGAUGACUGCUCAGAGCUGUGGCUGUGGAAUGUACAGACGGGUGAGUUGCGGACAAAGAUGAGCCAAUCACACGAGGACAGUCUGACCAGUGUGGCCUGGAAUCCAGACGGCAAGCGCUUCGUCACCGGAGGCCAGAGGGGCCAGUUCUACCAGUGUGAUCUGGAUGGUAACCUGCUGGACUCGUGGGAAGGAGUAAGGGUUCAAUGCCUGUGGUGCCUGGGUGACGCUCGGACCGUCCUGGCAUCAGACACACACCAGCGUAUCCGUGGUUACAACUUUGAGGACCUUACGGACAGAAACAUAGUCCAGGAGGACCAUCCAAUCAUGUCUUUCACAGUUUCAAAGAACGGGAGGUUAGCUCUGCUGAAUGUGGCUACUCAGGGUGUGCACCUGUGGGACCUACAUGACCGGGUGCUGGUGAGGAAGUAUCAGGGCGUGACACAGGGCUUCUACACCAUCCACUCCUGCUUUGGAGGACACAACGAAGACUUCAUCGCCAGUGGGAGUGAGGAUCACAAAGUGUACAUCUGGCACAGGCGCAGUGAGCUGCCCAUCGCAGAGUUGACAGGUCAUACACGUACAGUGAACUGUGUGAGCUGGAAUCCUGUAGUGCCCGGUCUCCUGGCCAGCGCCUCAGACGACGGCACCGUUCGAAUCUGGGGGCCCGCCCCUUUCCUUGAUGUCCAGGACGCUGAGGGGCUAAACGAAUGUUGUAGCAUGGACAGCUGAUGGUGACCUUGGAGCAGAAGUCACUACUUCUCGAAUCCAGGAGAACAACACUAGACUCUAACAAAUGAAGCAGAGAAACUAUUGCAUUUUGACAGCUGCUUUCUGGAGGUUUGGCCCUGGGGCUGUGCUCCGGCUGCAGGUGAUAAUGUCACACACACACGGAGCUGUCAGACAAAUCACAGAAGUUAGCUGAUUACCAAGCAGCCACCUUGACUGUGACAUCCCACCUCCUCUUACCUGUCUCCCACCUCUUACCUGUGUGGCUCACAGUGUCUGAUGUCUGCACCUCCUGUGUUCAGCCAGGCCCCAUCCUCUUUUGUCUCGGAGCUAACCCCAGGACUGCCACCUUUCACCUGCCUCGUUGAGAGUUUAUUAUUUAUUAUUGAUAAUAUUAUUUAUUGUCAUGAUUAGUACGCUGAUAUAUAUAGAGAGGGCUGUAGUGGUGGAGAGUGAUAAGGGUAUAUAUAGUGCUGUGAAACUAUUUGCUCCCUUUCUAAUAGUCUCCUUUUGCUUAUUUUUUUAUACUGAAUGCUAUCAGAUCUUCAACCAAAACUGAAUAUUAGAUCAAGGGAACCUGAGUGAAUAAAUAACACAACCGUUACAUACUUAUUUUCAUAAACAAACUUGUGCAACACCCCUGUUUGAAAAAGUAAUUGCCCACUUACACUCAGUAGCUGGUUGUGCCACCUUGACCUAGAAUGACUCGAACCAAACGUUUCCUGUCGUUGUUAAUUAGUCUCUCAUGUCGCUGUGGAGGAAUUUUGGCCCACUCUUCCAUGUAGAACUCCUUUAACUCAGUGCCAUUUGUGGGUUUUCAAGCAUGAAAUGCUAGUUUCAAAUCCUGCCACAUCUCAAUUGGGAUUAGGUCUGGACUUUGACUAGGCCAUUCCAAAACUUCAAAUGUGUUGCUUUUUAGCCAUUUUCAUGUAGGCUUGAUUGUGUGUUUUGGAUCAUGUCUUGCUGUGUGGCCCAGCUGGGUUUCCGCUUCAGCUCACGGAGGGAUAGCCUGACAAUCUCCUGUAGAAUUCUGAUACAGAGUGGAAUUCAUGGUUUGUUCUAUUAAGGCAAGUCACCCAGGUCCUGAGGCAGCAAAGCAUCCCCAAACCAUCACACUACCACCAUCAUGCUUAAGGUUUUUAUUGUGGAAUGCAGUGUUUGGUUUUCGUCAGGUGUUAUUGGACCCAUGUCUUCAUAAAAUGUAUACUUUUGAAAAGUCUGUCCAUAGAACAUUCUUCCUAGAGUCUUGAGGAUAAUCCAGGUACUUUGUUGGCAAACUUGAGUAAACUUUUUGGAUGAGAAGGGUCCCAUUAUGUCCUGCGAAUCCAAACACUGCAUUCCACAGUAAGAAACUCAUACCAACGGUCAAGCAUGGUGGUGGUAGUGUGAUGGGUUGGGGAUGCUUUGCUGCCUCAGGAUCUAGAUGACUUCCCUUAAUAGAAGGAACCAUGAAUUCUGCUCUGUAUCAGAUAAUUCUACAGGAGAAUAUCAGCCAUUGGUCUGUGAGCUGAAGCUGAAGAGCAGCUGGGUCAUGCAGCAAGGCAAUGAUCCGAAACAUACAAUCAAGUCUACAUGAAAAUGGUUAAAAAGUAACAAAUUUGAGUAUUUGGAAUUUCAAGCAGUUCAUGCUUGAAACCCCCCAAAAUGUUCUGCGUACAAGAGUGGGUGAAAAUUCCUCCACAGCAAUGUGAGACUGAUCAACAACUACAGGAAGCAUUUGGGUGCAGUCAUUGCAGCUAAAGGUGGCACAACCAGUUAUGGAGUGUAAGGGGGCAAUUGCUUUUUAACACAGGGGAAUACUUUGUUAAUAGAGUUUUCUUGUAAACUCGAGUUCCCUUCAUCUAAUAUUAGGUUUUGGUUGAACAUUCACUAUCAAAAAUAUGCAAAAAUAGAGAAAAUCAAAAAGGGGGCAAAUACUUUUCACAGCAUUGUAUAUCUAUGUUGUUCUUCCAACAGGAAAGUCAUUUUUUUAUUGGUUUAUUCAUUGCUGCCUCUAAUAAACGUCUCAACGUAUAUGAGAUUGUGGUUUUCACACCCUGGACAUAAUUUACUUUUCUUUUUUUACCUCAAACUUUUAGCAAUUUUUAAACUUACAGGCAUUUUAACUGAAUCGGAUGGAUAUAAAAUCCACAAAUCUAAGUGAAUCUUGGAGGUGCUUGUAUGGUUAUGAUGAUUACGUUUGUUUAGUGUUUUUUUUAACACGGUAAAAUAUCAUUUUAAAUUGAUGUAGCUUUGUUUCCCCGAAUUGGUGGGAUGGUGAGAUUUAUGUGCAUGUUGCUUAGGCCUCACUGCUGCCAGAAGAAACCAUUUUGACCACCUGUGGUUCACAGUUCAUAGCAUUUGAUUAUAUGGUGGCUAUGCUCUUACUCUUCAGUCUCCUUGCUAGACCUAGUGAAGCACGUGCUGAGGCUAACUUUCUAAUGGGAACGUUUAGGAGGUUAUAGUUGUGGAGAGGUUAGGUAGUGGGGGAAGGACUUGCUUAAACUUGCUGUUUGAACUGGGUUGUAUCAGCAAUGGGGUUGACUGGGUUUUCCUUGACUUUGAUCUCAUUUAUGUGUCCACCAUUGUGCUGUUUUAAUUUUUACCUCCAUUUCCCUCUUCUCUCCAUGCCUCUCACUUGUUCCCUUCUCUCCUAUCCCUCGUCUUUGGCGCUUACGUUUUUGGUGUAUCCACUUUUUUCUCUAGCUGUGGUGAAAUUAGCAUUUAUUUGCUGCUUUGUUUGUUUGUUUUUCAUUGUCCUGAUUUGUUAUGUGUUCAUUACAGGCUGACAUUCGUUUUUUUUUAUGGCUUUUGUGAAUUUUGUUACUAUCGUUUUCUGUUUCAUGUAUCACUUCAUCUCAUAUUCCUUGUACUAUCAUUAGCCUCUUCAACCAUUUCAUUUUCUAUAAGUUAAUUUAUUUGACCACAAUUAAUCAUGUAUGUGUAAUGCAUUUGUACACAAGUGUGUCAGAUAAUGUACAAAUUGUUCCUUUUGGACAGUCAAGCAAAAUGAACUUUUCUGAUAUAGUAUGCGCUUUAUAUCUGUAUAUGUUAUGGCGUGUAUAAUGAGUGUAAGAACAGCAUAUAGGCUAAGCAUUUUUCCGCGACACAGAUCUCCCCUGCCCACAGGUCAUUACAGCCACCACCAGCUUGUUCGGUUACAGAAGACACACCUCAGAACAGAUCAAACAGUAAAACAAUCACAGAUGUGGUGUUCUAGGUUCAGCUUAUGCAAGUUUUUGUUCUUUUGAGACUUACCUUAUUUUGGGGCUUAUUUCCCACUCCUUUGCUGUUAACGCUUGGCGAGGUGAGAAGCCAUCGUUAGGUUUGUUUGUUAGCGGCCAGGUUCGGAAGAAUCAAUUUUGCAUUUAAAUGUGUUAUUACAAAAAGUGAUUGUACUGUUAUGUAAUGUCGUGUAGAAGAUGUAUGUAUAUUUUCAAUAAAGCAUUCAGGGUUUUAAGA